AUGCAAGAAGCCCAAGACCGCCAGGGUGCUGCAGAAGACGAACUGUUUCAGAGGAUUCGUGAGUUGGAGCAACAGGUGGGCGAAACGACACCAGCUCCAGCUGCGACGGUCCUCACUGAGGCGGACAAGGGGGCAAUAGAGGACGAGCCCGAGCCCACGGAAGAGUCUGAAGAGGAAAUCCUCGUGGAUGAGCAAGAUGCCCUCAGCUCCAUCUCCGCAGCAUCCUUGCCCAGGGGCCAAGCCCCGUCUGAGGACAUGGAGGAUGUGGCUGAGGAGCAGCCGUCUUCGGCUGCUUCAGUACAGGAGGACGUAGAGCUCGCCGCAGAGCAAAGCCUUGAGUCGGGCGAGCGCACCAGCGGAAGUGCUGAUCGGACUGACAGCGCCCACACCGUGGAGCCAGCAACUGAGCUUGGCGCUGGUAUUGCGCAGCCUGCCAGUGAGCUUGCCCUUGAAGCCAGCACGGAACGUGUCGCAGAGUCUGCCAGUGAGCUGGCAGACAGUGAGCCUGCCAACACUGAGCUGGCGGCAAGUGAGCCAGAACCGCUGGAGAGUGAGAUGGCCGCAAGUGAGCCUGCUGCCAGUGAGCCGGCAGUAGCAGAGAGCGAGAUGGCUGCCAGUGCAGCUACCAGUGAGCCAGGGCUCGCCGAGAGUGAGCUGACUGCAAGUGAGCCCGCGGCAGAGCACGCGACGGCUGCAAGCGAGCACGCUGCCAGCGAGGCAGCAGCUACCAGUGAGCCAGCGCUCGCCGAGAGCGAGCUGACUACAAGUGAGCCCGUUGCCGAGCAU